GUCUACUGACAGCGAGCACGAACUGCAAACUCUUUCUGUGUGAACGAGUUAUUUGUUUAUGCUCAGGAGACAAUUGACUGCUUGCGAUACUGAAACCACGGUUGAGGAUUGUCACUAUGGAGAGCCUGGAAAGAAAGGUUGUACUGUUGCAACGCUUUAACAAGACAGCCAAAGACCACAAGAAAGCCCUGGAAGCCUUGAGAGAUACCAUUGGAGAAAGAGUUGAUGCACUGCGCCAGUUCGACCAAUUGCUGUCGGCAGACCAGCUGUACAGAACGGAAGAUCUUCCACAGGAUGAUUCUUCUAAUAGUGCAAAGAGUCCCAGGGUGGAGCAGGGUGCUAUCUGUGGUGACGGGAGCCUCCCAGCUAUGGAAUCUCUUGAAGACAUUCUGAAGUUUGGGAGAUCCCUUGGUGCAUGCCCGAAGUCAAAACCUAACUUGGCAGCCGGAGGUACAGACCAGACUACUUUGCUGUCUGAUUCUACUGUGCUCGAUACUACUGGCGAUCUUGACGAAACAUUGAAACCGAACUUGGUGAUUGGUGAUACAGAGCGGACCACUUCGCUGUCUGAUUUUACAGAGGAAGAUACUUUUAAUGAACUUGACAAAACAAUGAUACCAAACUUGGCUGUUGGUGAUACAAAGCAGACUGCAUCGGUGCACAGUUCUUCAGAACCGGAAGAUAUUUUAAAAGCACUGGAAACUAUGAAACGAAGCUCGGCUAUUGGUAAAAGAAAACAGGCUACCUUGAGGUCCGAUUCUUCAGGUGCGAGUACAUCUGCUGCAAUGCUGGCUUCAGCCAGCGAGCGACGUCGGCAGUCUCGUUUUUCUACUGAAGGAUCGCAGAAAGCUCGGGGAGAGGUCUCUCAGGAUGAUAUCCUGACUAUACUCAAGAACACUGGAGACCUGUUCUGCAGGGAAUCUGAAGAACUGUGGACAUGUCUUCAGGACUUUAAGAAAGGCAACACUGCAGAAUCGCCAGAAACUCCCUUGAAACAGUCCAUUAAGUACUGGAUGAAGCUUGUUGAAACACUACAGAGUUCCUGCAGCACGCAGGGAAAUGUAAAAACACGACAAGGUAGGAGGCUGAGUUCAGAGUGGACACCGGAGGACUCUUCCUUUAAAGAAGAGAUGUUGUCGCUCAGGGACAGAGGUCGCGAUCAAAUAAAACGCCAGAUGCAGAGUCUCCGUCGGCAGAAGCGAAUGGAAGAAGAGUUGCAGCAAGACAUCGACAUUCUUGACAAGCUAGCCAAAGAGCUUGAGGACAGAAACAUGGAUGUCAUCUAUAAAAUGCGUGAGAAGCAUGUACAUGGCAAAACGACGGCUGCCAAGGAGCACCAGCGGCUACUGUUGAAAGUGAAAGACCUUCACACGAGUCUACAAGCAUGGAAUGUGAAAGCGCGGGACAGUCUCUUUUCUUCCAAUGUGCGCAUAGCUGAUGAGAGGCCGCCAGCCUACACUGGUGGCUCGGCAAAAUGCCGAGAUGUGAUUAUCCAGGAAGCCCUCAACUCUCUUGACAACAUCCAAACACAAAAGGGCGAUGUUGGCAUGUCAGAAGUCGCCAACAAACUUGAAAUGGCUGAAGGAGCUGUCAGUACUGCAAAGUGUUUUGUGGAGAGUGACCCUGCUUCAGAGGGAUUAGAAGUUCGGCGUUCUGUGGAAGCACUGUUGGAACAAGACCAACUUUUUGUGGAACUCCAAACAAAAAUUGAGGGUCGAACCUUUGAGGAGUGGGUGCCAGAAGCCAUUGAGCUACUUGCCGAGAGGCUUCACCAUGAAGGCGCUUCACAAAAUUGAUUGCUCUGCGAAAAAGAACAGCAGCUGCCCCUGAGUCUUGUUUUUGUUGAAAAUGUUUAUUUAGUAAAUGGUUGCAACUUCA